GAAACACUCAGCUGUAUUUAAGCAGGAAACGUUCCUCAUCCUGGAAUCAUCAAAGACUCACGGCUCAAGACUCUUGUGAGCUUUCCUCACAGCACCUGCUCUCUCGAGGAUCGCUGGGAAGCUGAGAUGUGCACCGGUCACUGCUCCAGGUCUGUGGGAAUGGCUCUGAUCCCUACAGCCAUCGUCUGCAUGCUGGCAAAUGCACUGCUGCUGUUUCCUGACCUGAAGUAUCAGUACCUGACAGAGGGUCAUGUGACCAGAGAGGCCAUGUGGUGCUCUGGGAUCUGGGCAUCAGGGCUUCUGGUGCUUGUGGCGGCGCGAGGCUUUACGACACACUACGAAAUGAAUCGAUGCUGUUAUUUUACUGUUGAGGUUUUGCGUAAGAUGGGCUACGCAUGUUUGGCCAUUCUGGGAGCUGGCGUGUGUUUCGUGGCGAGCGGGACGGGGCUGGCUCUGGGACCCCUCUGUUUACACAACAGCACUGACGGUCUGGAGUGGGGACGGCCUUUAAAACAAGUCAAAACUGGAGAGAAGCUCUACCUCUACACUCCGGAGCGGUGGUCGUCCGCCUGUGUUGAUCCUCGAGGGGUUGUGAUCUGGAAUAUGGUUCUUUUCUCCGUCCUCAUGGCAGCAAGUGGCCUUGAGCUGGUUUUCUGCGUUCUUCAUCUCCUCGCCGCCUUACUGGAGUUCAUGUGUGGACCGAGAGUCUGCAAGAAUAAGGUUGUUCCUGCUUAAAAUGAGGUUCUGUUAUUUUCAUCUCCAUGUGAGAAUGAGAACGCCAUUUUUGGGUUAAACAGUCAGCUCUGACUGCUCAACUUAUUUUAAACAGAGAGGAAAAAAUAGAAAUGGGAAGUGGAUGAGGAAAGCCAGUUUUCAGGUCCCUGAAGUGUCAUCUCGUCGCACACGUCCAGUCUUCCUGUAGUUCAGAUGCUUGAGAGUGACACUAGUGAUGGGAAACUCUGUAUCCCAGAAACCCUUGAAUAGAUUAAACACUCUGAAUAACCUACUAAACUCACACAUACAAAUAAGCUGUUUUGUAAGAAUUUAAAAUAUUCUUUAUUGUAAUAUAUAUUCAGAAUGCACUUUGGUAUGUAUGCACUGUAUAGUCAUGCGUGUAAUUUAAUGUAUGAUGUAUGUAUGUGAUAAAAUACUGGGAUGAGGAAAU